CUUGCGUUUGGCGUUUGUUGAUUACUUGAUUUCUGUGUAUUAUUAGCCUCUUUAUUUUAUUUUUUAUCAAAAUAAUUUAGUUUUUUUACAUUUUAAUAACUUUGAUAAAUUAAAAAGGAUAUAAUCUAUUAACAAGGAUGGAGGAAGCUAUCGAGUCGCUCUCUGAGAGCAAUAUGCAAGCUGGAGUUGAUUUAAACUUCCAGCCUAAUCAAGAACCGGUACAACCGAUGGAAACGAAUCAAGUUCCUCCAGGUCAACCCGGCACACUAGGCCCGAGUGGUAAACAUGAAGAGUUUUCUGUUGAAAAAGUCUUGGACCGGCGUGUGAAGAACGGAAAAGUUGAAUACUUACUUAAGUGGAAGGGAUAUUCUCACGAGGAUGACACCUGGGAGCCUGAGGACAACCUCGACUGUCCAGAGCUUAUAUCAGCAUAUGAAGAAGCUCGUCUUAAGCGGGAACGUGAAGCUGUAGAGGCUGAAGCAGCAACAGCCGAAACUGCUGCUGCAGUGGAAGUUGCAGCAGCCGCUGCAGCCGCUGCGGCAGCUGCUGCUGUGGCUCCCACUGCCGUAACUCCUACGCCUCCACCAGAAACCGUUGAGGAAACAUAUAGCACUAGGAAACGCGGCCGUCGAGGUGCUGAAAAGAAGAAGAAGAUUGAAGAAAUCGAAAAACCCAGAGGCUUGGCUCGUGGUUUGCAACCAGAGAAUAUUCUUGCUGCACAGUUAUUCCAUGGGGUUCUCUAUUUUCUUGUUAAAUGGGAAGACUGCCUAGAAUUCGACGUAGUGCCAGGCCACGAGUUCGGGGAGGCGUAUCCCGACUUCAUGAUCGCCUACUACGAGCGCUGCGCGCCUUUUAGUGUUAGACACAAGGUGGGCAAGGUGCCCAGGAUGGCUCCCGAGUUAGUCUCACACAAACAACGCAGUGUGACAGCGGGCGUUGUCAUGCAUAAACUGGAAGUUGGAUCCAACAAAACCAUCAUAUGGGAUCACAUGCUCCUCCAAGAACACCGUUAUGUAACGCCGAGCAGUCAAGGAUCCCUUGCUGUGACCACCUUCAGUGCGGGAAAUGCACAGAGAUCAGUUUACUCGUCGAUCGAAAUGCCGCCCCAGAACAUGCGAGAUCCGUCCCCUUAG